AUGCGGCGUCUGCAGCUGAACUGGAGUCACAGCCGCAGCAGCAGCUGCAGCAGGGGUUCCUCUUUGCUGCCACGGACUGAAGGGAUGCUGCUGCUGCUGCUGCACAUUCUGCUGCUGGUACCCCCGCAGGCAGGCGGGGUUACCUUCCCGAGCAGCAGGAGCCGCAGCAGCAGAAGUUGCAGCAGCAGGAGCUGCAGCAGCAGCCUCUACAUCAGCAGCAGCAGCAGCGCAGCAGGGUUGCUUGGAGGCCUCAGUUCUCUCAGCAACUAUGCUGCAGCAGCCGGCAGCAGCAAAAAUGUACUCUUGGGGUUUGCCCUCCCCACCGUGCUGAGGACGCGAAACUCAGACAGCAGCAGCAGCAGCAGCAGCAGCCGCAGCAGCAGCAGCAGCCGCAGCCGCAACAGCAACAGCAGCAGCAGCAGCAACAGCAGCAGCAGGUUCCCUUGUCGGCGCGGUGGGGGAGUGGAUGCUCUUAAUGCUGUUACAGAGAGAGGUGCAGCAGACAGAGGGCAGCAGCACCUCCAGAAGCAGCAGGAGUUGCUGCUGCAGCGGCAGCGGCACUGGCGGCUGCAGCAGCAGCUGCAGCAAAAGCAGAAGCCGCAGCAGCGAAAACGGCGGUCGCGAAAGGAAGAAGAGCGUAGCGCAGCAGCUGCUGCUGCACCUGCUGCUGCGGCGUCCCUUGCUGCCAGUGCUGCUGCUGCUGCUGCUGCAGAAGCAGCAGAACGGGAUGCUUUGUUUGCUGCUGCUCUUUACGAGUCUGUAGAGGCAGCGCAAAGCCCGCGCGAGCUGCUGCAGCUGCUGCUGCUCUUUGGAGACGUUUCUGCUGCUCCUGCUGCUGCCAGAAGCAGCAAGCCGCUGCGCCACGCCUCUCUGCUGCAGCAGCAGCAGCAGCCGACAGAGCAGCAGCUGCUGCUGCAGCAGCACCAGCGGCAGCACCAAAAAAUAGCCAACGCCCUUGCAGCAGGAGACACAGAAGCACUGCAGCAGGAGCCUUCUUUGCCGCUGCCGCUGCUGUGUCGCUGCAUGCAGCGGCUUGCGCAGCUGAUGCAGCAGCAGCAGACGAAGCAGCAAACAGCCCUCGCCAUAAGCAGCAGCAGCAGCAAGCAGCAGCGGAAGAUCUUGGCCCAGUGUCUCACGCGGCUGCUGCAGGAGGUGUCGCUGCAUGCUGCUUUCUUUCUUUACCCGCAGCAGCAGCAGCAGCAACAGCAACAACAGCAGCAGCAGCGGCAAGAGAGGCUUUCUUUGCUGCUUUCUAUAGCGCGUUCCCUUUAUGAUUCUGGCCUUGCAGGAGCCCCUCGCCGACAGCGGCAGCAGCAGCAGCAGCAGCAGCAGCAGGCGCUGCCGCCAGCGGUGCAGCAGCAGCUGCAGCCACUGCUGGCAGCAACGGAGCUGCUGCUGCGGCGCGCAGUGUACGUACACAUUGAGACGCUGCAGCCGCAGCAGCUCUGCGAGGUUUUGCUGCUAUUCGAGUCCCUCCGCAGCAGGCAGCAGCAGCAGCACGAGCUGCUGCAGCAGCAGCAAGGAGUGCGGGUGGUGCAGCCGCGGCAGAGGCUGCACACGCCCUUGCCUCUAUGGAGCAGCGCAGCAGCAGCAGCAGCAGCUCUGCUGUUUCGUGCUGCAGUGCGAGACGAGCUGCACUGGAAGCAGCAGCAGGAGCAGCAGCAGGAGCAGCGGCAGCAGCUGCAGCUGCAGCAGGAGCGUGACUCUGCUGCAGCAGCAGCAGCAGCAACUCGGCUGCACUGGGUCUCCUUGUCUUUGCAUGCAUUUGCUGCCCUCAGGGGCAGAGAUGGCCUCUCUCCCUCGGAGUCAGCUUUGCUGCUGCAGCGCUUUUUGCGGCUGCUGUCGAGACACAAUGUGUCGGACAUAUCGGCAAGCGUCUCCCUGCGGCUGCUGCAUGCGGCGCAGCAGCUGGGGCUGAGGGAAGCUUCAGCGCUGCAGCAAAUGGCAGCAGCAGCAGCAAGGCACUCCGAAUACUGGAGAAGUGGCAGCAGCAGUUCGCAGCUUUUCAGGCUGGUAGCAUCGCUCAGCCAAUUGUCUGUCUCCCCAAGCGGUGGCUUUCUUGCUGCUCUUCUUGAAGGCAUCAUUUCGCGCAUUCCGCCUGCUGCUGCUGCUGCACCUGCUGCUGCUGCUGCUAACACAGGCAGCAAAAGAAAUGCCACUUGGAGUGCUGAAGAGCUAGCAGCGCUGCUGCGCUUCUUGGCGGUCAUGGACGUCUUUCCCGAGCGGCUUUAUGCGAGGGCGCUAGCAGCGCCGAUUUGGGGGUCCUUCGUCCAGUCCCAGCAGCAGCAGCAGCAGCAGCAGCAGCAGCAGCAGCAGCGGCAAGAUCAGCAGCACGUGUCUUCGCAAGCAUACAGUGCUUACGACCAAGAGCAGCGCCCAGCAGCUGCAGCGGUGUACUUGUACGAGGCUCUUGUCGCACGUUACAUCCACCUGCAGCAGCAGCAGCAGCAGAAGCAGCAACA